UAUUUUGGUUCCCACCUCUCACGUUGACGGGUAAGUGACGACGUCGUUUGUUACUUUGUUCUUUUUCAUGUUAUCAGACGCAGUUGUCAGUGUGAGCUCCUCGGAAUCUGGAUCCAACUAUCUGUGUGCUCUUCUUCGUCUGUCAUGGCUGGAUCUGGGAGUUCGAUGCUAUAUUCGUUUCUUCUAUUCAUCGCGACACUCUCUCUGCAGGAAGUGUAUAGAGGAAGGCUAGCAUCUUCAGAAUUGUAUACCAUCCUUGGUGGAUUUACUAGUUCUCUCAUAUUCAUUUUGUUGUUAACGUUCAUCGGAAACUAUCAAGAAACAUCUGGCAUAAGGACUGGAUGGGGUGCUGUUAUACUUGCUGAGGUUGUAGCUCUUAUUGCUGCUAGCACUGUUCAUCGAGUUAGCAUCACGACAUGCUUCUUGUUCUCAGCUGCAUUGCUGUAUGAGGUCAACAAGCUCUCAAGAGUGAUGGUUUCUAGAAGUGAAUCUAGAGGCAAAAGGCACUAAUGUACCCUUUCGCCUUCAGAGGCUGGGAUGGUUGGAACCAUUUGCUUUACCUUAGUAAUUUUCCUAGUAAUGUUAUGAGAGAUGAGGCAAAUUUUACCAGAACUUGCAGAACGAUAUAUUAAACGAAAUCAUGAGCGAGUUUAUGUCACUACAUUCUUGGUUAAUUUAGGUUUACUUAACUUGAAUAUUUUUAUAUAUUGUUUAACAACAUAACGUAUGAUAAUUUUGUGGUGAAAA